AACCAUGAACAGAAAGCCAGCAACGUUUACUACACUUCCAAGUUUGAGCAGCGAGUGUCUGAGUGAUCGCCGGAAAACAUGGUUGAUGGGGGUUUACAUUCUCCGUCACCUUCUAUAACAACAUACCCAUAAAAAGCUUUGCUCAUGUGGUCUUUGCUUCCCUCUAGGAGCAACACUUGCCAUGCACAGACUGCAUUUUCACUGUGGCAUUUUCACAAACAUCUGUAAGAGACGUUUCCACUGCCGCUGAAAUAGCUUGGAAAAAUGAGGUCGGGUUUUUACAUUCGGUAUGGAAUCGGUAUCCCAAUUGAAAUAGUUGUCUCUGAAUGCUAAUGGGCAUUACCCAUUUUGAGUUAACAUGUCUGCUAACAUGUUUGUGAGAAGAAACUGGUCGAGGGAAGCUUCGCCUGGUUGGUGGUGGCUGAUUCAGAACCGACUCAUGACCACAAGUAAACGGGUACAGGACAGGAGCAAGAUGAAGAGGGUUCAUGAUCUUGAAAUUGUAACAGAGAAGUGGAAGAUAGCCUCCAAGGUACUCUUCUUGAUGGAAAUUCUGAAGAAAGAGCCAGAAAUGAUAAUUCCAGUAAGGUCACUGGAACAGUACCGGAGGCAGAUAAACCUCCCUAAACCCCAUAAGGUCUCUGAUUUCAUUAGGAAAUCACCUAAAUUGUUCGAGUUGUAUAAGGAUCAUAGGGGGGUUUUAUGGUGUGGGAUGACAAAGCUAGCUGAGGACCUGGUGGAAGAAGAGGAGAGGAUUCUUGAGGGGAACGAGAAUAAUGCUGCUGAAUAUGUUACCCGGUUUUUAAUGAUGUCGGUUGAUAAAAUGCUUCCUUUGGAUAAGAUUGCCCAUUUUAGGAGAGAUUUUGGCCUGCCGGUUGAUUUUCGUACUAGUUGGGUUCACAAGUAUCCCCAACACUUUAAGGUGGCGAAAAAUGAGGAUGAGGCUGAGUAUUUGAAACUUGUUAAUUGGAAUCCUGCUUGGGCUAUAACAGAGUUAGAGAAGAAAACAAUGGGGAUUACUGAAUCCGUUGCUCAUACCCCAGGAUUGCUUUCUCUUCCUUUUCCUUUGAAGUUUCCUCCCUAUUAUAAGAAAGUAUAUAGAUAUGGAGGAAAAAUUGAGCACUUUCAGAAAAGGUGUUAUUUAUCUCCUUAUGCAGAUGCCAGAGGACUGAAAGCUGGCUCACUAGAAUUCGACAAGAGGGCAGUAGCUGUAAUGCAUGAACUGCUUAGCUUUACCAUUGAGAAGAGAUUGGUCACUGACCAUCUCACUCACUUUCGGAGGGAACUUGUGAUGCCUCAAAAGCUUAUGAGACUUCUUUUGAAGCAUAUUGGAAUUUUUUAUGUCUCAGAGAGAGGGAAGAGGUUUAGUGUCUUCUUGACAGAAGCAUAUGAAGGUUCGGAACUGAUUAAGAAAGGACCUUUGGUUCUGUGGAAGGAAAAGGUCCAGAGCCUUAUAGGUUACAGAGGAAAGAAGAAGAAGAUUGAAACUUUCACUGACAUGUCAGACAUGGAAGAUAAUGAUUUGCUCGAGAGUGAUUCUGAGAAUGAGAGUGUAUCUUUGCAACUUGAGCAAGAGGAAGAUUUAGGUUGUUUGGAGGAUAGUUUACCUAUAGAUAAUGCAGAAAUGGAGACUGAAGAGGUUUCCAAUGCAUACACGGAUGUUGACACAUCUUAAGGCUAUAAAUCUUAUAGUAUACACAUUGGUCUGUGAUAACCCCCAAAUGCAUCUCUAUGAGCUGCCUUGGCUUCAUAUUGUAAUGUUAGACUCCAUUUAUUUGGUACUAAAAUAUUUCCACUGAGAAUUGAGGCAUGAAUUAGAAAACAAGAUAGCAGCUAUUGAGGGGAGCAGUGGUGGUGUUGGAACUUAUACUGACAAUAUGAGAAUUUUUUGACGUAGUGUGAGAAUGUUCACGAUUUACUUAGAGAGAAAUAAAGAAGAAUGCAAAGACUUUCCUUCGAAGUAAGUACUACAUCCUAUGACCUAUUUCUGCUUCAAUGCACAAUUUUUUGAACAUUGUAUGUGAAAUUGAGAUCUUUGCUUUACUAAUGCGAAAAAAGAAUCAUGUUUGGUAUAGUCCUUAUCUAGUUUUGUUAAUGAUCUGGUCACCAUUCCAGCAAGUUUAUUGGAAAUAUUAUUCUGUAAUGUUAACCAUUUGAAAUAAAAAAAAAAAAUUAAAAAAAUUAAAAAAAAUAAAUGAAGAAGAAGAAGCAGGCCUAUAUACGAUAGAUUUGUAGCCUUAUAAAAGUAGACUUCUAAAACACAAGUUACCAUGUGGGAAGAAAAUAUGUUUCAUGACUUGUAGUGAAAGAAAUUUUAGAAGACUUUUGCAUUUGGUUUAAAUGUACUAAAGGUAUCCCUACAUGGACGGCCUAAUUGUAAAUCCACUACUUCCUAUCAUAAAGAAUCAGAGUUGGAGAUUUGUUGUGUUAGCAAUAUUGGUGGUGCCUAAAAGCUGGACAAAAAUUUGCAAAACCUAAAUUAGUGAAAAUAAAUUUGUUUUAUGAGGUUUAAAUGCUUGCGAAAUUCAUCAGGUCAGCCUAGCUAACAGAGCUGCCUUUUCCUUUUUCUUAAUAAUUACCAGUAAUUUGAAUGUAAUUGUGAUGCUUUGUCUAUAAGUUUCUUCGUUUAUUUCUUUGGAAUUCGAACUAUGUUGAUGAUGUGAUCAGUUAACUGCUUCAUCUAUAAAUGAAUAUGAAAAAAUGAAGAUGUAUUUGUGUUUUUUCUCUAUCUGUAUUUUAUUAUGUUACAGGUUAUUCAUAGGUUUUUAUCUUUCCAAACAAAUAGAAAUCUCCCAAUUUUUCCUUCUUUU